CCGGUCCUCCGCUGCCUGCACGAGACAUGCCGCACGAGGCCGCGCGUCACCUCCUCACCUGCAACAGGGAUCCGGAUCGACGCGUCCUGAUGGAGCUCAGAGCGACUCCGUGUGAGCUGGACCUCCCUGACGGUUCUGGUCCCCGGGUCGUCCGUCGGAUCUCCACCAACAGCCGGGAACGUUGGCGUCAGCAGAACGUUAACGGGGCGUUCAGCGAGCUGCGGCGUCUCAUCCCCACUCACCCCCCCGACAGGAAGCUCAGCAAGAACGAGAUCCUGCGCCACGCCCUCAGGUACAUCAGCUUCCUGGACCGGGUGCUCACAGACCAGGACCUCAGAGGGGCCCCCCGGGGCCGAGCGGGGAGCCUGGAGCGGGAGGACGGGCCGCAGGGGACGCUGUCUCCAAACUCCAGCUGUGACAGUUCAGUGGAGGGGGACUGGGACAGCCUGACGGGGGACCAGGACUACAGAGGUCCCCUGCAGAACCUGGACCAGGCGAGCUGGCAACCAGCUGAUCAGACAGGCUGGAUCCAGCAGAGACCAGCAGGGCGAGACCAGUCCGGCUGAUCCAGCAGAGACCAGCAGGGCGAGACCAGUCCGGCUGAUCCAGCAGAGACCAGCAGGGCCAGACCAGUCCGGCUGAUCCAGCAGAGACCAGCGGGAGGAGUCCAGUCCGGCUGAUCCAGCAGAGACCAGCAGGGCGAGUCCAGUCCGGCUGAUCCAGCAGAGACCAGCAGGGCGAGUCCAGUCCGGCUGAUCCAGCAGAGACCAGCAGGGCGAGUCCAGUCCGGCUGAUCCAGCAGAGACCAGCAGGGCGAGUCCAGUCCGGCUGAUCCAGCAGAGACCAGCAGGGCAAGUCCAGUCCGGCUGGCCUGAUGUAAAACAUGUUGUUGUUCUGGACCGAGUUGAUGUGAUAUUCACAUCUUCAGUGUUUCACCGUCUGGUUGAGUUUUCUUGAUGCAGAGUGAGCUGAAAUGUUCUGCCGGCAGAGAAGAAGAAGUCGUGCUGGACAGGAAGUUCUGCGUCUCAGCAGAAGAGUCAGUGACCACGUUUAGUUUCUUUAAGUUAAAGAACUUUGGUGUUUCUGCAGUUUGAACUUCGUCCUGAUGUUUGUUGUCUGCAGAUUAUUUGGAUCUGAGAUGUUUCUGUGAGAAUACAGAUCAAUAAAAAGUUUGCUGCAGUGGUUUCUG